AUGGGUAAUCGAGUUUAUUAUCAUAUUUACAGCGAUACAUCUCCAUCAAGUAUUACAUCAUUAGUGUUCACGAAAUCAGGCGAUUAUGUGCGAAGAUUUUUUCCUCAACAACGUUUGUUCGAACCAACAAUGGUCAUCACAGGCACUUGGUAUCGUGUAGGAGCUUACGAUCGUCAAACAGAUCGAUUAAAUACAUUUCAAAUUGUAUUAGCUACUGAUAGUGAUCGAAGUUUUGUUUUUCUCCUUUAUCAUGAUUUGCAAUGGGCCGGACCUGCAUAUACCACUGAACCAUACGCCCAAGCAGGUUUCAAUGCCGGUGAUGCUCGUUUUGAAGCCAAAAUAUAUGCUGGAUUGAAUACAGGCCUGUUGACUGUACGUAGUCCUACGUCAUUUGCAUCUGAAUCAUGCGUCGAAUGGUCUCGUCAACAGCCUGAACCAUCCGCCUGGAAUGGUGGUAUUCUCCCUUGCCCAAUGACACGAACACAAGCCAUUGCAGCUGGUCGCUGUUGUUAUGAAUCUGACAGUCAAUGUUAUCGAAGUAAUCCAAAUUCAAACAAUUGUUGGCUUCAUCAAGCUCGUUCUGGACAUAAUGAAAACUCGGCUGUUGAAUGUUAUGUAUCGAAAAGUUCAAAUAUUCAUGGUGCUGGAGCCGAAUGUUGUUAUGAUUUUGAAGGACAAUUAAUUACGCGCGGUACUGGAGCAGGCACGGAUGAUCGAUAUCGAUCUUUCGUAUUACCAGUACAACAUUUUUUUGAAGAUACAUUACCGUAUCUACAAUGUUGUAUGAUAAGUACCGAUGUUGAAAUGUGUAAUAUAUACAUGUAUUAUCGACCACUACGACGAGGCAGUAAUACAAUGGGUCAAAGUGGUGGAACAUGGGGUGAUCCUCAUUUUAUUACACUAGAUGGAACAUCUUAUACAUUUAACGGCUAUGGAGAGUAUACCUAUUUGGCCAUUAGUAAUGAUCAAUUGCCACCCGGAGCAUUUCAAUCUUCGAAUCGAGCUCAUGUAUUUAUGUCACAGAUUCGUACGAUGCCACUUGAAUCAAAUGAUGUUACUGUUACAAGAGGUUUUGCAGCUCGAUCAUCAGAUCCUGAAAGUCAACCAAUAAGUAUAACUGUUUCUCGUCGUGAAAAUCUUAUUAUGCGUCGUGGUAAUGAACUUCUCGAGUUCGAAGACAAUAUUCAUAUGCUAUUUUUUCUCGAAAUGACCAUCGAACGAAAUCCAAUUUAUAGUACUAUUCUUACAUUGUCGUGGACAAUAGGUGUGACUGUUCAAAUAAAGCUAGUUGAAACGACAUCACCAUCGGUAGCACUCGUACUCAAUGUAGCGGCUUCUAUAGCUGAUACGUUUCGUGAACGAACAUAUGGUCUGUUGGGUAUCUAUGAUAAUGAACCUAAUAAUGAUCUACGAGCUCAGAAUGGAAUAGUAGUGAAUUCUAAUGCUUUGCUCGAACAAAUUCACCGACAAUUCGGUGUUACUUGGGCUAUUGAUCCUGAUACCUCUUUAUUUUACUAUGAGUCAGGUCAAUCAGCCGAAUUUUUCGAAAAUCAGAAUAGAUUAUUUGUUCCAUCUUUCACCGAACCUAUCAAUACAGCAGCAGAAGAUGCAUCUUUUCGACGUACAUGCAAAAUUGAUGCGAAUUCUUCAUCAUCAUCAUCAUGGAAUACUGCUCAACGAACAUGUUACUAUGAUAUGUCAAUAACAAGAGAUGAAACAUUUGCACAAACAUCUUUUGAUGCUGGUGAUGAAAUUUUAGCUAUCAAAGCUGAUCUACGAAAUCCACCUCUCUUUAAUGUUGAACUUCCUGUUUCCAUGAAAUCGAAACAUGGUGAACAAAUUCAUCUGAUAAUAGACGCUACAAGUAAUUAUUCCAUGAGUGUUAUCGUUCUGUCCGCUGAUCAUUUGCCUCGUGAUGCUACAUUUAACACACAAACAAAAGUAUUUCAGUGGACAGCUAUUGAAGGUGAAGACUAUGUUCGAAUUCGAGCGAAGGAUUCAACGUACAAUUUAACAUCAACACACGACAUCGUCUUUCAAGUGAAACAAGCUGAUGAAAGUAGUGGCAUUCAGUCUGAAAUGCAAAGUUCACUCUUUUUCCUUGCUAUACUGUUUUGUAUGCUUUUUAAAUAA